UUACUGCUCCCUCGUGGGGCAGUCCGACGCUGGCCAUACGGCAGACAACAGUAGCUCCUGCGCGCGCCCCGGCGAGAGAAUAAAGCCAGCAUGUCCGCAGACGCAGAACUCAGCUCCGUGCUGUCUCGCAGACAGGCCAUCAACGAGGCACUCGACGAGGGCAAGCCCGUCAGCCCACAGCAGCGGGCCAAGAUCAGCGUCUACGCUGAGUUCCACGAGUUCACAAGGAAGCAGAUCAAAGAAUACGAGCAGACCUUCCGAAAGUACGACGAGGGUGGCGACGGCUACCUGGACCUGAACGAGGUGAAGCGCAUGAUGGAGCGUCUGGGCGCCCCGCAGACGCACCUCAGCCUUAAGGCGAUGAUCAAGGAGGUCGACGAGGACGGCGACGACCGCAUCAGCUUCCGGGAGUUCCUGCUGAUCUUCCGCAAGGCGGCGGCGGGCGAGCUGGCAGAGGACUCUGGCCUGGGCCGACUGGCCGCCCUCACAGAGAUCAACGUGGAGGAGGUGGGCGUCACCGGCGCCAAGGACUUCUUCGAGGCCAAGAUAAAGGAAGUGUCACGCAGCUGUAAAUUUGAAGAGGAGAUCCGCCAGGAGCAGGAAGCGCGCCGUCGUGAGGAGGCAGAGCGGGAGCAGCGGAGACUCGCAUUCAGACAGAAGGCGGCCCUCUUCCAGUAGCAGUCCAGCUGACCAGGGCACAUCAUGUAGUGUAUCAUAUAAUGGCAAGCCUAUGAGCUGUCAAGUGAAAGCAGCAGACGUCUCUGUGUGUGUAACCUCCCACUCAUGGUUACGAACUGCAACUGUGUCUUUAUAUUAUUGAAAGUGGGCAUGCUAUCUUUAACAUACAGAAAAUUUUGCAGUUAUUUUGGCAGACAAUUGGACCAAUUCCUCCCAAAUACACAAUUUUAGGCAAGGUAGAAGCGGCUAUGAAAAAAGAACAUAUUCAUAAAAAAUACAGAAGUGAUGAAAUAACAAUACACUAUUUUUAUGGUUUGUGUCAGAAGAAUUUGGAAUAAUAUCAGUGAGCACUUAACCCAAUAAAAAUUAUAUCUUCCAUCACAUAAAUUAAGAAAUCCUUAGAUCUCAAAAAGAGCACUGGAAAACUUGACUAGUUUGUGUAAUGCAUUUGAAGCUAUCACAUAGGUUGGUGAUAAAUUUGUGACUGGUUACACUGCCUUGACAGUAGGCAUAAAAUUGCAUGUGGCAUUGUUCUGACAUUACACUCCUAAAUUAGCUGUGUAUUUUUUGGUUAUUUUAUUGAGAUGUUCAGAAAGCUUGCAUAUUUCUGAUAAAAGACCAGUAACACUGUGCAUUUAUUAUAUAGUUCUUUAAUCUGUUAGUGUAUGUUAAUAUGUUCAAUGUAGAUUGAAAAAAGUUUUAUUCCAGUGUUUUUUGAAUGUGUGACUGAUAAAUGGCAAAGUUACCACAUAAUCGCUGUCAUUGUGUGGUGGUGAGAGAUAUAACCUAUUGUGAAAAGACUAUUUUUAAGUCACUGAAAAUGUGUUGUACUGUGUAUAUAUUUUUUCAUGAUGAUUAUUAAAGUCUCAUCAGAAUAAA